CCCUCAGACAUUUGAUGAUACACACGUACACCAAUUUCAUUACUUGAAAUAUGUGACAAAAAGCGUUGCCCUCUAGCUACUACCACAUUCAUUCGCGGCGCGUGUGCUCGUGGAUUCAACAAUGGGCCACAACAGCGUGCCGGUGCCGGCGGUGAAGCUGACAGAUUCCUACAGCUGGUGGCGUGACAUCAACGACUCUCCGGCGUGGCAGGAUACCAUCUUCCACACCCUCGCCGUCCUAUACGGCGUCGUUUCAGCCGUAGCUCUGAUUCAACUGGUUCGAAUACAAUUGAGAGUUCCAGAGUAUGGUUGGACCACGCAGAAGGUCUUUCACUUUCUCAAUUGUUUGGUGAAUGGGGUUCGAUGUUUAGUUUUCAUUUUCUUCCGGAAUGUGCAGAGGUUACACCCAGAGAUACUCCAACAUAUACUACUUGAUGUGCCGAGUCUUGCAUUCUUUACAACGUACGCACUGUUGGUCCUCUUCUGGGCUGAGAUUUAUUACCAGGCACGUGCAGUAUCCAGUGAUGGACUGAAACCAAGUUUUUACACAAUCAAUGUUGUGGUUUAUGCUAUUCAGAUUAUUUUGUGGUUGAUACUAUGGUGGAAACCGGUCAGUGCACUUGUCAUUCUGUCUAAGUUGUUCUUCGCAGGAAUCUCUUUGUUUGCAGCCCUUGGCUUUCUUCUCUAUGGCGGAAGAUUAUUCUUGAUGCUGCAACGCUUUCCUGUUGAAUCCAAAGGUAGACGUAAGAAGCUGCAAGAGGUUGGCUAUGUGACAACCAUAUGUUUUUUGUGUUUCCUUGUCAGAUGCAUUAUGAUGUGCUUUAAUGCAUUUGAUAAAAAUGCGGACCUUGAUGUCUUGGACCAUCCUAUUCUGAACUUCAUAUAUUACCUGUUGGUGGAAAUAUUGCCUUCUUCUUUGGUCCUUUUCAUUUUGAGGAAGCUUCCACCCAAGCGUGGUAUCACACAAUAUCACCCAAUUCGCUGAAGAGAUUCAACCAAGUUUGAAAAAGGGAAUCAUCAGUGGUUGUCUAUUUUCUUAGAUGAUUCUUAUAGUCCAAGGGUAAUUUUUAUAGAAAGGCAAUUCUUUUCUCUGUUUGGGUGGCAAAGUUUGUAUUAUGGGUUUAUAGUUCUCCCUUAUAUUGUUGCGUAUGGAUGAAUCAUUUUUACAGAGGAAUGUAAUUUACAGAAGGAUUCAGCUGUAAAAUGCUAUGUUUAAAUAACUAAUAAAAAAAAAUUCAAGUAA